CACAACACUCCUCUCCACGGCUCUAGGCAAAAGCUUCCGGCCCUUCAUCGCAACGGAACAUGCAGCCCCGGUCGAUUCUGAAGAAUUCCACCACCUCGUCGAAUGCGCCACCCUCAUCUAGACCCGUGAACAAGCGCCACCUCGAGAUUGCAUUGUACCAUGCCAACAUCAUUGAGGACCGGAAAAGGACUGAGCGAGAGGUCCUGGAGUCCAUAAUGGAGCUUAUGGAGUUUCCCACGUCUUCGACCGCAGAUCCCAAGCGUCCCUCGCCCGCGGACGCCCUCCAGUUUCGUGAACGUAUGCGCCCCUUUCAACCUUCAGAUUACGAUGCCUUGAUAGAAGAGCGCAACAUCGCGGACAAGUGCGGCUACGUUCUAUGUCCGCGUCCCAAGCGUAGGGCGCCCUCAUCUGCAAAGAAGCACCUGAUUGACACAGAGAGGGGCGUUCAAAUUGUCGACAGGAAGGUUCUGGAGGUGUGGUGUUCGGAAGACUGCGCGCGUCGAGCCAUGUAUGUCAAGGUGCAGCUCAAUGAAGAGCCUGCGUGGCUGCGGAAGGGUGGAGCAGCACAGCCUAUUGAGCUCAUGGUCGAAAAUGCAGAGGAGCACCACCGGGUGCUUCCCCUACGGCCCAAGCAGGACAAACCUGCGCCAGGGGCCGCAAAGUCCGAGGCUGAUGAUGUAGAUGCCGCGUGGGCAGCGCGAGACAGUGCGAUAGCGGAUCUGGCCAUCGAACGGGGCGAGAAACCAGGCGGCCCAAGCAAAGCAAGCAAAGACCUCAUAACUGAGCAGAUCAAGGAAAGGGAGCAAACCACUCCGCCUGUUGCGCCGAGUCCGAGUUAUGGUAAUUCCCACAUGGCUAUAGAAGGUCACAUCCCCCGGUCGGGUACAGCGAAAGACUCUGAUAGUGAGGACGACGAUGACAAGGACUGGGAAAAGCAUCUUCCGCGUUGAGCACGCGUAACGUACGAUGGACGAGGACCUACAGCACUUCCCCUUAUAUGGUUACGGAUUCCGAACCACGGAUGCUAAACAGAGGAGCCGUCUCUGCGCCAUUCGGCCUGACGAAGUCUUGCACUGCGCGGAAGACAGCCACGGCUGUGUAGGUCAUAUACGAAAGCAGCGAAGCACUUUGGAUAAUAUCCUGUCCCACGGGCGGUGCAGUGGCACUCUCUAGGUUGGGAGCUUGCGAUUCUGAUGGACGGAUACUACGUGCGGGGCGAGCGGUACAUAGGGUCGGAUCGAAGAACGCAACAUGCUGGCACAAAAAGCAGAACGCAGCCACAGAAAGCGUGAUAUGAUUCGAGAUGUAGACGAGUUAUAUACCCAACUGUAAUGUGCCACUUCCCGUC